AUGGCUGAGCCUAAAAUCGGCCCGCGAAGGAGGUUUCCUUUUAGAUUUGAGAAAAUGUGGCUCUCCCACCCAAACCUUUCCAGUAGCGUGAAGGAUUGGUGGAAUGUUCAAGUGGAUGGUUCUGCUAUGUUCCAAGUUUCUAAAAAGUUAAGGCAUGUUAAGGAGGAGGUUAAAAAGUGGAAUAGAGAAGUCUUUGGGGACAUCUUCGUUCAGAAAUUUGCUAUUCAGGAGGAGUUGGGCCUGAUCCAGGAUAAAGACCAAAAUGAAGGUUAUGUGAAUGAUAAUUUUUCUAAGGAAAGUGAGGUUUUUUCCAAAUACCAUAAAAUUAUAGCCCAGGAAGAGACCUUUUGGAGGAAGAGAUCUAGAUCCUUAUGGCUCAAGGAUGGUGAUAAAAAUCUCAGAUUCUUCCACAUCUCUACCCUUAAACACAUGGCUGCAAAUAGAAUUGGUCACCUUGUGAAGAAUGGGAGAAGAAUUGAUAAUGAGGAUGAAAUAAGUGGAGUUGUUGUUGAGUUCUUUGCUGAACUUUUGAAGAAAGAUACUUUAUUAGACUUGGAGGCUCAAAAUAUGUUGGUUGAUAUCAUACCUAAAGUCCUAUCUGAUAACCAAAAUCAUAAUAUUGAUGUCAUUCCUUCAAAGGAGGAGAUUAGGAGUGUUGUCUUUUCUUUUGAUGGCAGUAAAGCUCCAGGCCCAUAUGGAUUUCCUAUGUUCUUCUUUCAGCACUUUUGGGAGGUGGUGGGGGAAGAUGUGUCCAAUGUUGUUAAAGAGUUUUUUGGAGCUAGAUCCAUACAGAAGGAAUUGAAUGCUACUUUCAUUUUCCUCAUUCCUAAGAAGCAGGGGAUUGAUUCUUUGGAUGCUUUUAGGCCUAUCAUCUUGUGCAACUCCUUUUACAAAAUUAUCUCCAAGGUCCUUACGUCGAGGAUGCUGAAUAUUCUUCCUCUUUUGAUUUCUCCUCAACAAAAUGGCUUUGCGCCAGGAAGCCAGAUUCUUGACUCCAUUAUACUGUUCAUGAAAACAUUCAUUCACUUUUGGAGGUGA